ACGUGGCGCCGGGAGCAGCCCUGCGCCGAGCCGGGCAGAGCCGGGCCGCCGGCACCGCCUUGCGCUGGACCUGGGAUCGCGGCCGCGGCUGCUGCUGGCGGACGAGCCGCUCCCGCUCCCGCUCCCGGUCCCGCCCCGGCGCGGCAGCAGCAUCAGCAGCAGCGCCGGGAGCAGCAGCACCAGCAGCAGCAGCACCAUGGACCUGUCCUUCAUGGCAGCGCAGCUUCCUGUUAUGGGAGGAGCUUUCAUGGACUCACCCAAUGAGGACUUUAGUACCGAAUACUCCUUGUUUAACUCAUCGGCCAAUGUCCAUGCAGCUGCUUCAAUGCAGAACCCGCCAGAAGAAACGCCCCGCUCCUCAAAUGAUGCCAUACUAUUAUGGAUUGCGAUCAUAGCAACAAUUGGAAACAUUGUGGUUGUGGGAGUGGUAUAUGCCUUCACAUUCUAAGAAGACUGGAGACCCGAAUACUGCAGGAGUGGACAGCUACAACAGUAUUUCUCGUGUGUGUGUGUGUCUGUAUAGAUGUCUAUAUAAAUAUAGGUAGACAUGUUGUCCAUUUUAAGCACUGGCCCAGCCUAAGAAUUUGAACCUUGGUAGCAAAAAGUUUGGCUACACUUGCAAAUUGUUUGGAGGUGAAAGCUUUACCCACGAGCAAAGCCAGUAGAUGUCCUCUGUAUAAACUUGAUGUGACAGAUCAGUGUGGGUCCAUUAAAUAUAAAAAGAAAGUAAUGUUUCUAUAGAAAGUUCUUAUUUUCUACUGGUUGAAUUUUCUAUUAGCUUGUGUUUGUGUGUGUUUAAUCUGCCUUUGGGUUGGUAUUUUGAUCACAUCAUUAUAUUAAAUAACUGUACAUCUGAUACUCCCAGAAAAUGUAGUUACCUAGUUUUCCAGAUGCAAUGGAUGGGAGACACUGGAGGAUUUUUAGGGUCCUUGAAACUGUACAUUAAGCAUAUGUGUAAAUUUGAAAUGUGCUAUCACUCAGCUGUGUUUUAAAGUGUAGCUAUUAUGAGUCUUAAAGCAAUGCAAGCAAGUAGCGGUGUGCCUGGUUUAACUAACACUCCAUUUUUCAAGUCAGUGAAUAGGGAAGAUGAUCUGCAGGUGUAUCUUGACUGUAGUAGUUCCAGAAGUUUAUGUAAUAGGUAUUACUGCCUGCAGGCAGCCUGUAUUCCAGGGGACGAAGUACUGGCAAGCAUGUGAAGUGGGAAAGGCAAAAAUCUUCAGUUUCCAUUGUACAGCUGGCUAACUGAAACAACACUGAUAGUUCAUUGGAUCUAUCCCUUCUAGAAAAUAAAGAUCUGGGUAGUAUGAUGCCUUUUUCAUUGGUUGUAUUGAAGUCCAAAUUUUCUACCAAAGUCAUCUGGUCAAGUAAACAUAAAUGAAAGCAAAAUCUUAAUUCAGAGAAAUUUUGCAGCCAAAAUAACUGUCAAUGAUCCCCCUUAAGGGGGGAAGAACUGCCAUCAGAAGGAUUACUGAAUAGUCCUGUUUUGCUCAUGUGUAGGCUUCCAUAGUGAAUUGGUUUCACGAGUUAAUUAUAGUGGGGAGGCACAUAGAAAAAUGGAGAGCAGUAUCUGAAGUGAAAUUGCUGACAGGCUUGACAAAAAUUCAUAUUUAGAUGUUAAUAUAUUCCUAUGGGUAGAUAAUAGCUUUGAAGGGGGGCAAUGUAAAAUCACUUGCAGAAAGCAUUUUAUACAGGUAUUUAUAUUCAGUGUUCUGUUAGUAGAUAAUGUCUUUGUAUUACCUUUUGUGAGUAAUUGUUUUAAGGGCUUUACCCAUCCACAAUAAUCUGUAGCCUUCCUUGCCUUGGGCAUACAUAGCUGCAUCUUCAGACAAAACUCAAAUGAAUGCUAGUCAUGUCUUGCCUCUUUCUCCUUUUUUAAAAAGAUGCAGAGCCUGAGCAUAGAAAAAUAGCAGCUGAUAAAUAUUAAUAUGCAGCCUCCACAUAUUGGGUAGUUUUCCAUAUUCUCCCCGCUUCACAGGCAUAGGGAUGACUGCUUUUUCCCCCCGUUAUUCUCUGCCACUCAGCUCAAGGCUGAAUUAAAGCUGCCAGAUAUAUGGAGAGUUUUGGCUUAUUUUUCUCUUUGAACCAUUUUCCCCUCCAAGUCAGAAUGCCCUAAAUCAGCAUUUCCGCUUUUGUAUCUAUUUAUUGUUCAAAGUGUUGGCCUUUAAAGCUGCCCUGGUUCUUUUGGCAGCUGGCUUGCUGUCACACCGCUGCAGAGAUCCUCGAUCCAUGAAACUGCAUGAGAGGAUUCCCAAAGCUGCACUCUAGAGACCAUAAGGUUCUCCGAGAGUGAGGGAGCAAUGGCAUUCCUGUCGUUCAGUGGUGUGGAAGGUGAAUCCGAGUUAGGCUUUGGAGGCUCAAUCUGGCACCUAUAGUAUUUAAGAUGAUGAGCAUCCUAUAAACUCUAUUCUCCCCUUCACAGAGAAAGAAUUUACGAAGGAGGACUGGUUAAUGCUCAUGGGAGGUCCAUAAAUGAACUCCCCAAGUGUUCUAGCUAGAGACAAAGCCAUGAAGUGCCAAAUCUUAUGGCCCAAAUAAAGCCUUGAAUGUAAUGAAACUAGUGUGACCAUGCAGAAACGCCUUUGACAGCCUAGGCCUUGUACUUGGGGGCAUGGUGAGAUGUGUAAGCAUAAUCUCUGUGUGUAGGACACCUUCCCUCUUCCCCCGCCUCCUCCCCUUCAAGGAUCAGCCCAGAGCAAAGUCCUCAACACUGAGUUGGAGUACUAAUGCUAGACCCAUCUAAUUGGGAUUGGGCCAGAUGAAAAGAUUUAAUGUGCCCCUGUGUGUCCCUCCUCCACUUUUUCAUUUUAAAACAAUAAUACAUGAAAGAAUAGCUUGAUGGCAUGUCCCAUUCAGCUUUCAGAUGUGUCACUGGCUUCAUAAUUGCAUUAUUAGUUCCAUGAGAUUGUUCAGUGUUUCAGCGAGGCUCUAUAGAUAUGAUACAUCUUGCAGUAAAACUACUUCUUCAUGGUUGAGAGCAAAACAGUUUCACCAUGAUUAAAAAAUAAAUUGACAUUAUGGUAAUUACCCAAUAGGAUUUUUUAACUGCUUGAUGACUUUGCCUGUAGAAUGCUUGGCUUAGAUUUAAAAUCCUAAAAAUGUUUAAGUGCAGUUAGCUGCGAGUGUGUGUGUGUGUGCAUGUAUGUGUUACCUCCUGAAGUACUGGGCCAAAAUGAAAGGGCAUGCUUAGCCAUGAAAAUCAAGUACUCAGGAAUGAACUGAAAAGGACCAAGCUUCUGCUUAUGAAAACGAGACACUGCCAUGUAGUCAUAUACAAAGAAGUGCCCUAUUUUUGUAUAAAUUUGAUAGUAAUUGCAGGCAAGAUGAAAAGGAACCAGUUCCUCACUACACAUGUUUUCAUCAUAAGAAGCUGUCAGGAAAAAAUCUGAUGCAACUUAAUUAAAGCAAUUGGCUUGACAGGGUGGCAUGUAAAAUAGAGAAAUUUGGCAGCAGGCCCAGCCUCAAGACUUGACAAGAUCAUAAAUAAAUCCUGUAUUUAAAUAAAUGCAGGUGCCCAUAGCAACUUUAUAGUUAAAUAAAUUGAAUAUUCCAAGGAUUUAAACAUAUUGUUGGUUGAAAAGGCUCUGCAGUGUUUUUUUGUGAAGUGGAUUAGGGAUGGUCUUGGCCUGAGGCUGAGUCUCUUAAAACUCUACACCUGGACCUGGACAUGUUUGCCUAAAGGCAUUUUAUAACAAACUUAUUGAUGUGAUACCUAAGUAUUAAGACCAAGCUACCUAUCUGAACCUCAGAACUUGGCUCAUUCUCUGUACAUGAGAACAUGAGGAAUUUCAGAUUUAGAUUCAUUGUAACUUGGACCAACUCUAAACCCUCUGACCACUGGAAUUAUUAUAUUUACCUAAAUUAAUGACAACUUCAAAUUUAAGACAAUCCCCCAGUAAUUAGAUGCUAUAUAUGAUCACUUUAUGAAUUUGUUGUACAUUUCUAGGUAUAGAGUUUGAUAAACAGAAGGUCAUCUUAAAUUCAUCCCUCCCACUGCUACAGUGAAAGCAGCUGCAGGUGGACAGGUGGCCUCCUUGCCCUCUGUCCCCACACUACUUCUUUCCUUUGCAGCCUGCUCCCCACAGCCCCUGUCCCCCCCCCCCCUUGCUAUCAGAUGCAGCUCUGCCUUGAUUCCCCUUAGUCACAGAGCACAUGGAGGCAUGGCCCUUGCCUGACCAUGCAGCAGUUCUGGGGCUGGAGCUAUGCCCCUGCUAAUUGGAGAGGCAGGAGACAGAGUUUCCCCCACUGCCCCGGAGGGAAUUGAGCCAGAGCUGCAUCUUACAUUAAAGUGGGGAGGGGAGAAGGUGUGGGGGAGGCCGGAGAGGGCACAGAUGGAGGGGGAACAGGCAGCUGCUGUGGCUCUGACUUGGGCCUUUGACCCAGGCUUGGAGCCAGAGUCAGUCACAACAGCUGCCUGGUCCUCUACCCUGCCUUGUUCUCAAAUGCAAGACGAGGGGCUCCCUGCCUCCCAUGCUGAACAGGGAAAAAACCUCACCUUGUAUUCAAGUAAAUAUGGUAAAUAGUGCUCACAGAAAGAGUAGGGGCAUUGGCAGGUGUUUCUUUUGCAUCAUGACCCCUAUUGGCCCAAACAAAAGGAAGAAGUAUCUUUGACUGCACUUUCCUGUUCCUCAAAGUAGGUGUAUGUAGCUGACUACAUUGUGGCCUCUAGGCAUCUGGGAGCCAAACAGCUCCCCCUUUUCUUACAGAUCUCUCCCUUUGGAGUGUGGUGUUAGCUUUUGUGUGUAGACCAUGCUGUGCGAUCAUUUGUCGAAGAAGAAGGAGGUCCUUGCACUUCUCUUUUAGCCCCUUUUGUGCAUCAGCACAGAGCUCAUCUGUCAGAUCAGUUACGGUCUAUAUAAAAUCUGAAGCACAUGAGACCACAGGCAAGUGACACUGAGGUACUCACUAGUAUGUGGAAAAUGGUAAUACACAUAUUGGUCUUCUAACUGAAUAAGGCAAACCACCUUAUAAAUAUUAGAGUAAGACCAGUAGCUAGCUAUCUUAUAAUUAGCACAGCACCCUUUGCAAAUGCAGGUAGCACUAAUAUCUGUCCUCUCCAAAGUUAAUGAUCCUUGAAAUGGUACACUGUGGGGAUUACAUAUUCUGACAAAAUUUGCCCCCAUCUGUAGUUCAUGGGGCUUUCUGGCAAUGGAUAAAUGGUGCAACUCCUAAGAAUUAUUGUGCUGUAAGCAGCGAGCAUCCUAACCCAGUUGGCUGCUCAUGGACAAACAUUUGAAAGGAGACAGCUAGUUCCUUGAGGAUGGAGAUAGGGACAUCUUAUGACAGAAUUGAAGGCAGCUUGGCUCUUCCACUCAGUGUUCUAUUCAAUCUUCAAACACAGUGUCUUGCCCCUAGAAGUAAUGUUUGGGGGGAAAAAAUAAGAUUACAAAAUGCAUUUGCUUGGGAAUGUGUUUUUCACCUAUCAUCCACCUUGCUAUACAAACUGACAAGUGCAGUGGAGAAAGAGGGGAGACUCGUGUUAUGAGUAAAAUAUAUAUAUAAUUCAUAGAUUUUCAUAGACAUUAGGGCUGGAAGGGACCUCGGAAGAUCAUCGAGUCCAGCCCCCUGCCCAAAGGGCAGGAACUCAGCUGGGGUCAUAGGAUCCCAGCAAGAUGAGCAUCCAGUUUGCUCUUGAAGGUGUUCAAUGUAGGCGCUUGAACCACCUCCGGUGGCAGGCUGUUCCAGACCUUGGGGGCUCGGACAGUAAAGAAAUUCUUCCUUAUGUCCAGCCUGAAACGGUCUUGUAGAAGUUUAUGACCAUUCGACCUAGUCGUCAUCCCUUGGGGCACUCUGGUGAACAAACGUUCCUAAAGCAUUAGCUCGCUUUAGAAUUGUCUAAGUCGAAACAUGGCUGAAUUGUGCAAACUGUUAAACAUUUCCUUGAGAUCCUGAGCUCCUUGAAUACUCAUUGAUCUCACCCAGCAUCAUAUACAGAAAUGCUCAGUGCCACACAAGACUAAGCUACUUGGUGAGUGAAUACAAGCGACACAGACAUUUGCUAUCAUGUUUUCCAACACACAUAUAUCAAACAAUCCAGAAAACUUUCUACUGUGGGUGAGCCUGAACCUAAUUAUAUUCCUUCCUUUAUUCUAUGAUCCAUUUUAUAUUUCUCUCUUAUUAAAAGUUUCCUUUUUAAUAUCCUGGUGUUUUUCAGGAUUUUAAUCUCUUCACAUUUUCCUGCAGAGUAGUAAAAGUUAUUAAUUUCCCAUUGCUCUGCUUUUUACACUGUGUCCUUACAAAUGUUGCUUUACUGGACUUCCUGUGGUUAAUCACAGAAUUCAGUCUGGAAAAUGACAUUAACAAUUGUUAAUAAAAAGUGAGUAAAAAACCAUAAUCCUAAAUAGAAACACUUCAGAACUUUGAGUUUUCAAGAAACAAAACUUAAUUUCAUCUAAUUAUUGUCAGGAAAUACAAGGGUCAUUCCCAUAUUUUUGCUAAUGGUGUAAAAUGUCAUCGUUCUCACAGGUGAAGUUCAGAGCUGUUAAUUAGCAUCCUGUUUCUGUAAUCCCAUGGCCCUCAUUUGUGUCUAACAGUCUGUUUAUACUAGAGCUGAACUUCCCUCCAGAACAUUGUGGAUGGCAAGUCCUUCCUUAUCUCAUUGUUGGGAAGUAUCAGGGAAACUGUUUUGUACUGGGAGUAAGUGAUCAGUGGUUCAAGAUUCAGUUGUUUAUACCUGUUAGUUAUUAAAGGGGGAAAAAAACAAACAAGGAUGGGCCUGGAGGCAAGGGCAUUUGGGGGCAUCCUACACAAGCCACAGCAUCCGGGAGGCCUGCUGUAAAUCAUAUCAGCUGCUGUUAUCCCUUAUCUCAGGGGUGACCAACCCACACCACAUAUCACAAGCAACACAGGCUGCUUUUAUGUGUUCUGUAGCACACUGCAGAUCAGGGAGGGAGCAGGAAACAGUGGAAGAUAGGGCAGAGAGCAGAAAGCAAAGCACCAGAUCAAACAGGGAAAGGGGCUGAGUGGCACUCAGGGAGGAUACAGGGUCUACUUUGUGGCCAAAAGGCUGGCUCCCACUGCCUUAGCUGGUUAUUUCUGAAGCGCAUUGAGCUCUGCACUAUUCCUUGUGCCCAGUCUUCUCUUAUUCCUCCCUGCUUCUGACAUAGCCCCAAACCAAAGCAUUUGGGGUGAAAGGACAGAAGAGGAAAUUCUGUUAAUUUUCUGCUCACUAGGGACCCUACACCCAUGAGAAAUGCCCCAGCUAGGCUGUCUCCCUUUCCAGUGCCUGAGGCCACAAAGGGCUAAUAGACUAGGGUCAAGAAUCUGUUUCAAGUUUCAAGAGUUCUGAGUGCUUUGCCAAAUAUAGCAUGUAACGUUCUUACCUGGUCUGUCUGUUCCAGAGUACUUGGACUGAGCCAAUGUAUCCAGGCCUCUAUCAAUGGACAGGUUAUUUCAGGUGGUAUCAGUUAUGCUGGCCCACUUCACUUGUGCUCCGGGUGCCAACAUGUGUCUUGUCUCCUUAUAAAGCAGGUUAAAAGAAGCCACUGUAAACUUGACUGUGCUUAUAAAACUGCAAGUGAUCUGACUAGCACAAUUGAUGUUUGUCAGAAAUAACCUUCAAGCAACCUGUAUUUACAUCAGUGCUGUUUGCUCCUGAAUAAUCAUUGUAGUGGAAGAAAAUAUAUACUUCUUAAAAAGAUUUAACUGGGGUAUUUCUAGGUGCCUAAGAACUCUGUUGCUGCUGGUAUUCUGUGGUAAUUCUCUACAGCCUGGGAUUGCAGUUGCCUAUUUGUGGAGCUAUUGUAAAAGUUAGCCAGAAAGACCCCAUCAAGAUACAGAAUUUUCUUGUGAUAGAAAAUCUUUUAGAUCCUUUAGACCUCUUUUGCAUGUAUGAGGAUGCACCCAAAUAGACAGACGUACUUGGGCUUUAUGGACCAGUUCAGUCUGUUGUUACCAAGGCUACUAAGAUGUAGCAUGAGCACAACCAAUGAUCUCUUAAAAUAUGGAAAGCUCUGGACAAUGGUCAUGUCCUUCCUAUGGCAUUGAUGGGUUUUGUGAGGGGUGUUAGGGAAUCCUUCCUAUGGGAUGUUUGUUUAUUGCAAACCACUCUGAGCCUUUGGAUAGGACAGGAUAUAAAUCUAAUAAAUAAAGAAAUAACACUGCCAACUGGUAUCUCAUGUUUUAUGCCAGUAUAUCUGGAAGCACGUCACAAAGGAGGUUAGUCUCUUUACCCAGUUUUGCAGAGGAGGAAAAUGGAGAGACAGAUAUAUAAGCUGACUUGCUCAAGAUCACCCAGCAGGCCAGUGAUACAGCUGGGAAUCAAGUCUUCUGAGCUUGGCCCACUGCAGUAUCCCUCAGGUGAUGCUGCUCCCAGCCUCCUUUUAUUUCAAGCGAAUGCCCUUCCCCUGCGCUACCAACCUGCAACAAACCAAGUGCACUGUGUCCUUUAUUUCUCCUUUUAAUCUCCCCUAGGGUUGCAUGAACUAAAUCCCAUUAGCCCAUCGAGUUGAUAGCAGAGCUGAGACUUGCUCAUAGCUUCCACCUGCCAGACAUCACUAGAGAAAAUCCAAGGAAAUAAAGAGUUCUUUUUCUUCCUAAAAUUGUUAGUUUUCACGGCCUAUAACAAACUACAAAACCAGGAAACUAAUUGCAACCACUACAUUUACCCCAUUUGCUAGUAAGUCUGCUUAUCAGUAUGUAUACAUGACAAACAUGUCUACUGUCCAAAUUGUUAGCAGUUCAGACUUUAUCAGCAAGCUGAAACCCACAGCUGCAAGCUCUUAUCUGGCCAGCAUUUAGUAAUCACCAAUCUGAAAAACCCCAAGCCCUGAGUAAUUUUUGAAGGGCAUCAUAACUGUAAUUUAGAAAAGGAAAGAGGCUGUUGGUGUGGCAUGAAGAGCUGUAUUUUGUAUAGGUGAAAAAUAUAGCUAUGCUCAUUUUCAUAGCUAAAGUAAGAUUAGACUUAUAAAUGUAUACAGUAGUUUGGUAUAAUUUUUGCCAUCUUUUUAACAUGAUUAACUGUUAAAACUUUGUGUCAAUAGUUUGCUUUUGGGGGGUUUUUUGUAGGGUUUUUUUUUUUUUUUUUUGUAAUAUACAGCAAAAGCUGUGUUAUCUGGUAUCCAGGGGGAAUGGGGAGUGCCAGUUAAUCAAAUAUGCUGGUUAUCUGAGAGGCGUCUGUUAGGGCUGCUGCCCCUCCCGCAGCAUCUGGUGCACCAAAGCUUUCACUCCCUGGCAUCAUUAUGCCAGGGGACAAGGAGGGGGCCCCCGUGCAGGCUGCUUUGCCCCGGGCCAUGGGACUCGGCGAAACCUGACAUGCCACGGUGAGACUUCUGGUUUCGUUUUUGCCACGUCGAUCGGUUGCAUGCCGGCAUACCAGUUGCAUGCAUAAUAGCUCAUGCCGGUUAAUAAAGUGUCAGAUAGCACAGCUUUUACUGUAGAAUGAUCUAAUCUUGCUACAUUUCAUAGCAGAAGAUUUCAUAGUUAUUGUUCCAGGACUGUGGAGACUUUCUUCCAAAGUCUAACACACAUUUCAUCCAGUCUUUUUUUCCCCUCUGUAUAUAGAAAAGUAUUAUUUAUAGAAAGUACAUCAAAGCUGCUGUACAGUAUGUUCACAUUAUAUUGUUCACUGUGUUGUGAUUAUAAGGUGGGUAGUGUGAAUAGAAUAAACCAGUUCUAUGGAUCCCUGUUCCAUAACAAGGAAAAGGUAUACUUCUGGUACUACCCCAGUAUACAACAUUAGCCUAAAGCUAUCCCUCUGGAUUGAAAUUAUACCAUACCCUCAAAUAGAGAACUCCAACAUACGUGCUUUUUGCUGUGUAUUGAUAUUUCAGAUCUUACUGUCUUUUACAUAGUGUUAUUUUCCCAAUAUUUCAUUUUAUAGCAUGUCUUACUCUACCUCAUCUAAAAAGUUAUGAGCAGGGAUCCUGGUUUUCCCUGAUAAAAAAUUGCAAAUUCUCUUAUAAACCACCCCAAAUCCAUGAUUAAAAUGACAGGCCCCUCAUUCCACCCCACAGCCCCCCACCAGCCCUGCUGGUGCCCCUCACUUCCCCUCCACAGUCCCACCCCCGCCCCCAGCCCUGCUGGUGUCCCUUGCUUCCCCCCUCCACCCCCACAACCCACUGGCCCUGCUUGUGCCCUUCACUGCCCCCCCAAACCUGCUGGUGCCCCUCGCCCCCCACUCACAGCCCCCUGCCACCCUGCUGGAGGGGGCCUCCAACUGCCAGGCUAAUGGGGUCAGGGACCUGGGUCUGCAGCCCCCAACCCCUGGCAGGAGGCGGUGGCUGCUGCAGCGAAGCCUGGCUCCCCCACUGCUACCUGCCUGCUGCAGGCUCAGGCUCCCACCCUGCUGCCCUACACCAGGGCCUCUGCAGCCCAAUGGGUACAACGUGGCACUGCAGGGCACAGUGGGGCCGCACGGGGAUCUCCUUACCUCUGCGAGCUCCACAGUGCCCUGGCAACAUGUCCCCUGUGUGCGCAACAGCAGCAGGGGUGACAGCAUGGGUUUGUGCCCCUUAGCCUGCAGAGAGGUCUUUGUAAAACUGCAAAAUCCACAGGUUUCUCUGGUACAAUGAGAAAUCUGCAUUUUCCUCCAGUAAAGGAUAAAAUCUGUGAUUUUCUCUUUUUUUCCAUGGGAAACUGAAAACCUGGAUCCCUGGUUAUAAGCUGGUAUGUAGGUCUGUGAAUGCUCUUUCUCUUGGCUGUUCUUCAUUUUGAGAAUGGUGAACUACAGCUUUUAGUGCUGUAGCUUGAAUCCCUUGUAAAUUGCAGCACUUUCACUGAUUUUUCAUGGGGCAGGAUCAAGACUAACACGCUGAAAGGAAAAAUUAACUAGAGUUGAAAUACUUCUCCACAGUCUUGAGCCACAGAUGUUAAACAACAGGAAUAAUCUUUUGCUCUCUGAUGUGCUCCCAAGCAUAUAUAGCCUGAUGGCACUUGAACCUUCCUAAAUCAACUGAGCAAAAAGCAAGGAUGCGGAAACUUACUGGUGGGAAUUAGGUGGGAGAUGCUGACAAUAAACUUAAAGGUAGUCAAGCACAGCCUAUUUCUACUGCCAUUGGAAUAAAAGGGAGCUGGCUGAGUCUAUAAUCACUAAGGCCUCUCUCCUGUGAAUAUUAAGGUACUGCUGGAAUUUUACAUGAGUAGUCCUAUUGACAUCAAUGGGAUUACUCAUGCAAGCAAAGUGUUUGCAGGAUUUGAACAUAAAAUUGAUACUGGGUUAGGCUACUCCCAUUAGAUGAAUGAAUAAAGCCUCAGCCCAAGAGCUGCUACAUGCAGAUAGAUGUUUGCACCCAUGAAGCCUCAGUCGCUUGACUGAGGUUCUUCUCGGUCUGGGGGUCCUCCUGUCUAGCGCAGCUUCCAGGACUGGGCCUUUAAGUCUUUUAUACAAAUUUUUAAUUUUUUUAAUUUACAAAAGAAAUCAGAGCAAUGUAUUUUUAAAUGAAUAAGUAAUGUAAAAAUAUGAGGAUUUUGAUAGAAGUGUUGGAAGGGUCUGUAGUAUAACAAAUUAUUAUAUUGCUUGUCCACUAGGCUGCUUAAUUUAGAAGCAGUCCUUAACUAUGUGAAAGUUGCUUUCAGUUCUGAAGCUACUGAACCCUGCAUCAGGUGCAGAGCCUCAGAGUUUCUAGAUGAUCUAAACAGCCAAACAAAUAACUCUGUGAUCUAGCCUGUUCUGAAUGCAUGUAUUGUACAAUUGUCAUUAGCUGUUCACUUUAAAUAUCACUUUGCAGUAUCUUUGCAGCAGUUCAAUCUGAAAGUAAAUUCACUGCAGUUGUCCACACUUCAUUAGAAAGUUUACUGAUUGCAGAAACUGAACUCUUCUCACUCUCCUUCCAGCCGCAGGCUUUCACAAGAGUCCUUGUAUGUUGUACUAUUUUUAUUAAUUAACUUUGACAAUGUAAUUUUCAUAUUCUUUCUCUUUGCUACUCCUCUCCCUGUACAAACAAGUUUGCAUUGAAGAGGCUUCACUGUACUGUUUUAUAUAGUAUUGGUUAGUUUACAGAAACUUUAUUCUUGUAAAGAAUUGUUCUUGAAAUGUGGAUUUAUCUGUUCAGAGAAAAAAAAUGAAAAGUGUUUAACUUAGGUUUUCCUGAACUUUUUGUAAUCAUGACUGGUUUAGUAAACAGAAAAUGUAUUCUGUUCUAUUCCUUCCAUGGUUAGUUAACUGGUUUCAUUCACUAUAUAUGUACUUACUACUGGUUUAUUCUUUUACUAUGGUGAGGAUAAUAAACUUUGUUAAUGUAAGAUUAAAUAUGUGCUUUGGGGGAUAAAGUUCUUGAAACUGACAACUGUGACGAUUUGUAUUUCAUUCUGUUAAUCUACAUGAAACGAUAUGGAUUAUAAUUAAAGCUGAUGAUAUGCUUAUUGUUA